GGCUGCGAGGUGCCGCCGCAGCCAGCCGGUCGGGAACGCGCGGGGAGCCGGGUGACUGAGACCCCGGGUGAGAGCCGCCUACCUGCAGUCGUCGCCCACAGCUGGGCCGCCACCAUGGCGCUUCUGCCCUUCGUGCUCCUGUGCGGAUUCGCGGAUUUCACUGGAAGUUUGAGUAUCACUACUCCUGAACAGAUGAUUGAAAAGGCCAAAGGGGAAACUGCCUAUUUGCCGUGCAAAUUUACCCUCGGUCCAGAAGACCAGGGACCUCUGGACAUCGAGUGGCUGCUAUCACCAGCUGAUAAUCAGAAGGUGGAUCAAGUGAUUAUUUUAUAUUCUGGAGACAAAAUUUAUGAUGACUACUAUCAAGGUCUCAAGGGACGAGUACAUUUUACAAGUACUGAUCUCAAAUCUGGUGAUGCAUCAAUAAAUGUAACAAGUUUACAGUUGUCAGAUAUUGGCACAUACCAGUGCAAAGUGAAAAAAGCUCCCGGUGUUGGGAAUAAGAAGAUUCAGCUGACAGUUCUUGUUAAGCCUUCAGGUACAAGAUGUUACAUUGAUGGAUCAGAAGAAAUUGGAAGUGACUUUAAACUAAAAUGUGAACCAAGAGAAGGUUCACUCCCAUUACGAUAUGAAUGGCAAAAAUUGUCCAACUCACAGAAACUGCCCACCUCAUGGUUACCAGAAAUGACUUCACCUGUUAUAUCUGUAAAAAAUGCCACUACCGAAUACUCUGGGACAUACAGCUGUACAGUCAAAAACAGAGUGGGCUCUGAUCAAUGCCUGCUGCGCCUGGAUGUUGUUCCUCCUUCAAAUAGAGCUGGGACAAUUGCAGGAGCCAUUGUAGGAAUUUUGCUGGCGCUAGUGCUCAUCGGUCUUAUCGUCUUCUGCUGCCGUAAAAAGCGCAGAGAAGAAAAAUACGAAAAGGAAGUUCAUCAUGAUAUCAGGGAAGACGUGCCUCCUCCAAAGAGCCGUACGUCCACUGCCAGAAGCUACCUCGGCAGCAAUCACUCAUCUCUGGGAUCCAUGUCCCCUUCCAACAUGGAAGGGUAUUCCAAAACUCAGUAUAACCAAGUACCAAGUGAAGACUUUGAGCGCGAUCCUCAGAGUCCGACUCUCCCAACUGCUAAGGUAGCUGCCCCUAAUCUCAGUAGGAUGGGAGCGGUGCCCGUGAUGAUUCCAGCACAGAGCAAGGACGGGUCCAUAGUAUAGAGCCUCUGUACCCUUCAUCUGUGCUCUCCUCUUGAGAUGUGAACACCUGUUUUAAUUUUUGCUACCAGUCUCAAAAUAUAUAUAUAUAUAAAAAGUUAACCAAAAACUGUAAGAAUAAUACUUCAAAAAGUUUUGUUUGGUUAUAUUGAAAUAGUAAAGGCAUUGAAGUUCUAAGGACAAAUUCACCAUCUAAAUAAUAUUUCCUUUAAGAGCUUGACUUUAUAGGUUUCUGACUAUCAAUACUUAAGUCAGCUGUGGCACUUUGAAUAUGAAAUCAUAGGUGAAGAAAUAAAUUGGUGAACUUACACGCAUACCAAGUUGAUACUUGAAUCAUCUGAAAGUGGUACUUUAUAAUUUCUGUUAUUUUUAUAUUGCUUUUUUCAAUUAAUUUAUGACCCAGUAGUGUUCCCCCCACCCCCUGCCAAAAUUGGUAAAGAAAGAUUCAUGGCAAAAAUACUUACGUAGAUUUAUGUUUGUUCUUGUUUUUGCUUCUUCGAAAACUCUAAAUGUGUUUGAAGAGUCUCUAAUAACUAGAAAACACUACUAGAAGUCACUAGUUCUGAGUAAUUCAUAAACCUUGUAUAUGAAAUGACUUAAGUAUUUAAUUGCUAGAUUGCUGUGGGCAGCAGGGACAUAGUAAGCUCUUCUGUAUGCUAAAAUAAAGGAGCAUUUAUAUCUGAUUCAUUUAGAACAUUUGUUGUCAGCUACACAUAGCGAUGACACUAAUGGUGCAGUCGUAAGGAUGAAUUUUGUUGAUUAAUGUUCCAAUGCCCUGAGGCCUGUGGUGGUCUUCAGAACACUGACCUGCUAUCAGGGAAGUGUAGUAUUUUGCAAUUCCCAAGUAAAUGCUGGUCCUCCACUUUAGGUGAUAUUUUUCUAAUAAGAAAAAUUUACAACUCAUUUAUUAUUCGACAAUUACAGAUUGUAAUUCCGUAAUUAUUGGUUCUAAAUUUAAAAUUUUUUUUUCCUGAUUCAGUGUUUUGUUUUUGUUUCUGUGAUGGUGUUGUACAUUAUAUGUUCUAGAAAUGUAAUCUUAAAUUACCCUCUUGAAUGCAGUUCCUGGAGGAUAUUUUCUUCAUAGACUUAGAAUGAUGAAAUACACUUUAAACUAGUAAGGGUCCUCUAUCAAUUCUAUGUUUCAGACUUGGGAGGAUGUACAGUUGCUAUUGUAUGGCCAGCAUGUCUUGUGUAGUUGCAGAAAAUCAAGUUGAGCUUUGAAAAGUUUGUCUUAGUUUUGUGGAAGUGACUUAAUCUU